AUGAAAGAUUCAGAUAUAAAAUUAUUAGAACAAUAUCAAACAUCAAAAUUAAAUAAAGAUAUAGAAUCAGAAGAUGAAGAUGAUAUUUUCAAACAAUUAGAAGACGAAAAUGACACUGAACUUUCAAAAUUUAGAGAAUCAAGAAUGCAACAACUAUCAAAAGAAUUCAAAAGAAUAAACCAACAUGAGUCAAAUCAAAUAACAGAACUAUAUAACGAAAAAGAAUUAAUGCAAUUAAUCAUAGAUAAAUCAUUAGUACUUAUACAUUUUUAUCAAAUUAAUUUCGAUCAAUGCAAAUCAUUAAAUUCAGUUCUUGAAUUAAUGAAACAGAAUCAUCCAACUACUGAAAUAUAUAUUAUCCAAGUUGAAAAUUGUCCAUUUCUUAUAAAUAAACUAAAUUUGAAAGUAUUACCAGCACUUUUCAUAUAUAAAAAUGGACUUGAAUUGGAUAAAUUAAUUGGAUUUACAAAAUUAGGUAAUGAAUUGACUUAUAAUAACCUAGAAACCUAUCUAUUAAACUAUGGUAUCUUAAAUAGGAAAAGUAUUAAUAGGACCAAACUAAAUUACCACUCAAAUGCAAAAGCAAAUGAUAGUGAAGGUUCCGAUCUAGACAUUUAA